AUGGCGCCGGUCUUCAACUCACCCGCCCCCACGCGCACUGCGCCAAGCUUUGUUUUUGGGAGGACAAACCAAACCCAAUCUUUCAACAACGCACCCGAAAUUAUUGAGAUUGACGAUGACGAUGACGAUGAUCGAGUUGGCGACACCGAAAAUAGCGUCGAUGAAAUGGACCAAGAUGAGAGUGACGACGCUAAUGAAAGCGAUGAAGAUGAAGUAAUCGAAGACGAGGACGAAGAAGAAGACGAAGAAGAGGAGAGCAAUGUCGAUGAUGACCGUGAAGAGGAGGAGGAAGAAGAAGAGGAGGAGGAGGAACUCACAGUGGAAUCACUCGGAAAAGUCAAUGGUAUUGAUUCUACGGAUGUUUUCACCACCAGGAGGACUUUACAGAGUAGUCCAGCCAUUCGUCUUCCUCAGACUUCGAUGUUCACUUCUUCGGGUAUUCAAGAGGCCCUACAUCCCUUACGACACACUGCCGAUCGCGUUACUCGGCAAAUGCAAGCUUUUGCAGAGAAGCUUGAUCGCUUCAAACAGCAGGGUCGUACACAAGAAUCUACCUACCAAGCCGCGUACACUUUAAUUAAAAGCUACCAACAGCAUGCCUCGGACGCAAUCAAAGAUGCAUCCCGCCAGAACACUCUUCAAAAGGCCAGGAUGGGCUGGAAUACAAAUCGCGUGGCAGAGCAACCGGAUGCGAAAACACAGGAAGACUUGCGACGCUUGCAGCUCGAAGUCGACACUUGGGAUCUUUUCCUCAAUCUGAUUGCUACAGGUGAUUCCGAAUCGAUCCGAAACUUCAAGUACGCACAAGAAACAGUCUUCCAAAACUUGCAUCGUUAUUCCACCGAUAAGGAAAUCUGGGACCAGUUUUUGAGCGCUGAUAACUAUGCUUCGGAGUGUGCGAUGGUACUGAAGUGGCUUGAGGUCAAGGCACAAUCGUCAUCCCAACAUCUGGAUACAAUGAUUGCGAAUCUGGAAGCUCAAGCUGACAGGGGCAGCGGGUUGUGGGCUCACGGUUGGCUGUACACUAAGGAAUCCAUCAAAGGUCAAAAGCGACUGCGAGCAUUGCCGCAACCGCUAGAGCCAGGCGACCCUGGUCUCUUGGCUUCAUUACUCGAUUCCGACAAUAAAGAACCAUUAAUCACCCAACUCGAUCCAGAUGCUGUCAUCCGUCAAAAGCAUGGACUACAGAAACAGGACCAGUUCUACGAACAAGCUACCUGGUUAACUUGCUGGAAAAUGAUCAGACAAGGAGAAACCUGGACAAAAAUCCAAGAGUGGUCUCAAGAACGUCUCGAAAGUUGGCGUGCAGUGAGCCUCUGUGGCUCAAGGGUUGAAACUCAAGCAUCAGGCGCCAAAAAGCAGGCAGAAGACAGCAUGACACGUAUGAUGAAUUGCAGGUCGCAGGACACAUGGCGAGCUGCUUGCUCCGCUCUCGCUCGUAAUCCAAACACGGGCGAAUAUGAAAAGGCAGUGUAUGCAUUGCUUAGCGGUGAGACAGAGCCGGCAUACCGUGUGUGCCAAAGUUGGGAUGACCACCUCUAUGUAUUCUACAACAAUAUCCUCCUCUCACGUUAUAGGGAAUUCUGUUCUCAGUUCUCUAGAAAGCUCAGCCACUCCCCUUUGGCAAGUGUGCCUUUUGUCCCUGGGCCAAUGGAUUACGGCGCUGUCCAAAGAUUCCUGGAGAGCUUGAGGGCUCAUGAAACCAUUGGCAUGGAAGCUCGCAAUCCCUACGUGACGAUUCAAUCAGCUAUUCUAGGCCGGAACUUCGAUUCGUUCUUUUUAUCAAUGGCAAGAGCAGUAUCGGAGAGCAACAAGGAUUCGCGGUACUCGUCCUUGAUACCGGAUCUUGGAGCCACAGGUGUCGAUAGCUCAGCACUUAUCGCGGUUCGAGAUAAAGACGCCUUGCGCAUCAUUGCCCAUUCGUUUAUCAUCACUCAGCGCUUGUCAUACACUCGUUCAGACUCGCAUUUUUCAGAAACAACUGCGCUCAUUGUGAUCGCUUAUGCUGAGAACCUUCGUCAAGCUGGGCUUACGGACUGGACUCCACUCUAUGUCUCUUUUAUGCCGACUCGAUUGGUUCCAGAUGUCAUUGUGCAAGUGCUGGUUGACGUCGUCGAACCUCGCGACAAGAGCAGAAUGAUCAAACUCCUAGAGAAGCACAGCAUUGACAUAGUCGCAGUGCAGGAGGCUCUUACUGAAUAUGUGCUAUACACAUCACCAAAGGCCGAAACCCGUACUAUUACUAUGGAUCAUAAGGUCAAGCGUGAUCAGGCGAAAGGAGUCGUGGUCUUGCUACCAGUUAGUAGAAGGUUUACAGGGAAUGAAAUCAGUGCGAAGACGGAGGAAUUGAUUCGAUGCGUUGAAUGGCUUGCAGAUCUCCAAGCGGGUUGGGACAUAGUGUGCACUUCGCUGGAAUUUCUCUACAAAAGGUUUUUUGGUAACGGUAUGCUAUUGGAAGUCAGGGAGCUUAGUUUGAGGUUGCCCCUCUCUGAACUAUCGCAAAAGCUCCUUGGAUAUGACAUUCGCGCGGGUCAAUACCUCGAAGAGCUUUCCGUGAUAGAUGAGAACUCGGUUCUUCGGAGUCCGACAAAAAGCCCUUCGAAGAGUACAAGAUUUCGCCGGCCUCAGACUGAGGCUGAACGACAGGGACAGUACGACGCAGCUCUUGUUCUGCUUGACUUGGAGUUCGUCAUUUGGGCAUACAAUGCUUUGGACAAUUUCGCCGAGAUUUGGGAGCAUUUCGAAUUGCUCAAGAACUCGGCAGACGCAGAUGAUGUGCAGAUCACAGAGCUCUCGCAAGCUCUACAAGAAGCCAUUGAACAGGCAACAGAGCAUGUAGAGGCCCUUUUCGACAAAGAAUGGGGAACGCUCAUUCAGAGGUCAAAGCCUGAGGAAGAAAAGAAACUGGCACACAUCCGAGUUACCUAUUUCCCCGACAUCAUUCUGAAUUAUCUCAGUGCCGUGUAUUACGCUAGCCUGAAGCUCAAUCGCGGUCUGCUCACCAGAAACAUGGAAAUUGCGAUUUUGCUUGCAGAGGACAAUCAGAUUCUUGAUUGCUUCCGUCAGUCAGGCCGCCUAAGAGAACUGGCAGACGCCAUGGCUUUGGCGUCAGUAGCAAUGGUGAACGCUCCCGCUGAUGCUAAGACGAGGAAGAAGGCGGAUGGGCCAACUCGACUCGAUAUCUGGAAUAUCGAGGUGGCGCAGGACAAUAAUGAUGGCAGGGUUUCUACUAGGUCUUAA